AUGAGUGAAUUAUAUUUAUUAGAUUAUGGUGCAGGUAAUGUUCGUAGUUUAGUGAAUGCUGUGAAUAGAUUAGGCUUUGAAAUUAAAUGGGUAAAAGAACCGACUGAUAUUUUAAAAGCUGACAAAUUAAUUUUUCCUGGAGUCGGAGCAUUUGGUAGUGCAAUGAAUUCAUUGGUGGCAAAACAAUAUGUGGAACCUUUAAAAAAAUAUAUCUCUUCAGGAAAACCAUUUAUGGGGAUAUGCGUUGCAUUACAAACAAUGUUUGAAGGUUCUGAAGAAAGCCCUGGUGUAUCAGGAUUGGGUAUUAUACCUGGAAUCGUAAAGAAAUUUGACAAGAAUGAUGAGAAAUCAGUGCCUCACAUGGGAUGGAAUGAGGUCAACAUACUAUUGAAGGAUGAUAAUGAUAAUGAUAAUGACAAUGGUGAUCUUUUUGGUAUAAAAAAUAAUAAUGUCUAUUAUUUUGUUCACUCUUAUGCCGUACCAUAUUCUGACUCACUUCUGGAAUGGACUCUUUCAACAACUCAAUAUGGAUCAGAGGUUUUCAUAAGUUCAAUUCAGAAAGAUAAUAUAUUUUGUACACAAUUUCAUCCAGAAAAAAGUGGCAAAGCUGGAUUAAAGAUAUUAAAAAGUUUUUUGGAAAAAGAUAUUAUUAGUUCUAUCAACAACAAAAACAACAAUUCCAAUAAAAAUUAUUCUGCAACUAAAAUAAACCCUGUCUUAUUAUCAAAAGACCAUUUCACAAAAAGAAUUAUUGCUUGCUUAGACGUUAGAACAAAUGAUCAAGGGGAUUUAGUUGUCACCAAAGGUGAUCAAUAUGAUGUAAGAGAAGAUAUUGAUGAUGACAACAAUGUUAUUGAUGUCAAUAAUAAUAUAAAAGUGACACGUAGAGUAAGAAAUCUUGGUAAGCCUGUUGACUUGGCACGUAGAUAUUUUGAAGAGGGUGCAGAUGAAAUCACCUUUUUAAAUAUAACAUCAUAUAGAAAUUUUCCAUUAUCAGAUUUACCAAUGUUGGAGAUUUUACGUAAAACAUCAGAAACAGUUUUUGUACCUUUAACAAUUGGUGGUGGGAUACGAGAUUUUACUGAUCCUGAUGGAAAAUUUCAUUCGGCACUAGAUGUAGCUGGUGAAUACUUUAGGUCAGGUGCUGAUAAAGUAUCAAUUGGUAGUGAUGCUGUUUAUGCUGUAGAAAAAUACUUGAAGAAUGGGUGUAGUUUGGAUGGUAGUACAGCAAUUGAAUUGAUAUCAAAGGGUUAUGGAUCACAGGCAGUUGUGAUUUCAGUUGAUCCAAAAAAAGUUUAUGUCAAGAGCCCAGAAGAAACUCCACAUCAUGUGAUCAAAACAAAGUAUCCAGGUCCAAAUAAAGAAACAUGGUGUUGGUAUCAGUGUACAGUGAAAGGUGGUAGGGAAACAAGAGAUGUGGAUGUUUAUCAGUUAGUUACCAUUUGUGAGAUAAUGGGAGCAGGAGAAAUUUUGUUGAAUUGUAUUGAUAAGGAUGGUACAAACUCAGGUUAUGAUUUGGAAUUGAUAGAAGAUGUUAAAAAAAGUGUAAAGAUUCCUAUUAUUGCUUCAAGUGGAGCUGGUAAUGAAUCUCACUUCCUUGAAGUUUUUAAAUGCACUGGUGUUGAGGCUGCACUUGCUGCAGGAAUAUUUCAUCGUAAAGAGGUUCCUAUUGAAAAAGUCAAGAAAUUGUUAAAACAUAGUGAUAUCUUGAUUAGGAAUGUGGAUAAUGAAUGA